CCAUGAUGGAGCUCGUGUUGUCAGGUGACCGCGAAUUUGUGGACGCAGCACGUGCAACAGCCCUCUUGUCGCCGUACUCUCGCUCAACUGCGUUCUCGCGCAUCUCUCUUCGCAACAAGAGUUACUCCUUGGAAGCAGCGCAAGUGCUUGCUGAGUUCCUCAAGACUAUUCCCGCAGGGUUGACCGUGGCAGAUUUGGCCGAUAUGAUAGCCGGUCGGCCUGAAGACGAAGCCCUCUUGGUGUUGGAGCACGUGUGUGAGUCGUUGUCGAGUCACUCAUUUGUUGAGAUCAACUUGAGCGACAACGCACUUGGUGAGAAGGGUGUCCGCGCUUCGUUUGGGGUGUUGGAGCGCCAAGCCAACCUCGAGCGCUUAUACUUGUGCAACAACGGUCUCUCUGCCGAAUCAGCCCAGGUUAUUGCGGAUGUAUUACUCUUUCGUGGCGCGAGCGUCCCGACAAAGCUGAAGACGUUUCACUUUUACAACAACAUGAGCGGCGACGGCGGCGCCAAGGCCCUGGCCACGUUGUUUCCAUCGACUCCGCUCUUGGAAGAUCUUCGAUUCUCCACCACCCGCUCGCAACGUGAAGGGUGCCGUGUAUUUGCCCAAGCACUGACCGUGUUGUCGAACUUGAAGCGCGUCGACUUGAGCGACAAUACGUUUGGCGAGGAAGGAGCCACGGUGUUGGCGGAGGCACUGGCGAAACAGUCCAAGUUGGAGGUGCUGAAUUUGCGCGAUGCCUCCAUUGGGGACGACGGUUUGAUUGCCAUUGCGAACGCCCUUGUGGCGCAUCGAGUUACGUCAUUGCGUGUGUUGGAUGUGUCAGGCAACGACUUGACGGAGGAGUCGAUGGGUGCUCUAGCGGCGUUGCUGAAGACGCUUCCGCUGCUGGAUGAGCUGCGCAUCGAAGAAAACGAAAUCGGAUCGGGUGGUGCUGCGAUCCUUGCUGGUGUAUUGCACAAGAAGAGUGUGGCGCCCGCCCUCACGUUGUUUCAAUCGAACUCGAACGAACUGUCGAGCAAUGGCGGGUACCGCCUGGCGGUGGCCCUGGCGACGAAGCGGCAGUUGAAGGCCGUCGAGAUGGACGGAAACAUGUUCUCGGACGACGCUGUCGCCAAGAUCCAAGCAGCCCUUCCAUCGGGCGUGCUUGGUUCGUUGGAGGACAACAUGGAAGACGAUGACGAUUUCGACGACGACAUUGCCGACUGGAGCGACGAAGAAGUGGAAGCAGAAGACGACAAAGUCGACGAGCUCGCGGAUGCGUUGUCGCGAGUGGCAUUGGAUGUCCUGCGCUUUGACGCCGUUCGUGAAGUCGUGGACGCGGCGCGGGCCAAGGAAUUGCUCGCGCCAUUUCAAGGUCGCACAACAUUCCACACGAUUUCGCUGCGUGGAAAGAGCUACACCCACGCCGGUGCGGCCGUGAUUGCCGACUAUUUGCGUCACAUCCGUGGGAUUAAGGUUGCCGACUUGGCCGACAUCAUCGCCGGCCGGCCCGAAGACGAAGCCCUCGUGGUCCUCACGACCAUCAGCAAGUCGUUGGUCGGCCACGUCCUCGAUGAAAUUGACCUGAGUGACAAUGCGUUGGGCGAAAAAGGCGUCCGCGCCUGCUUUGACGUGCUCAUUCCCCAAACGACUCUAAAGCACUUGUCGUUCUGCAACAAUGGCAUCUCGGCCGCCGCGUCCGCCGUGAUCGCGCAGGAAGUGGUGCUCCAACAAGCCGGCGUCGCCAAGUCGUUGGAAUCGUUCCACUUCUUCAACAACAUGAGCGGGCACGACGGCUGCUUGGCUGUUGCAGCCAUGUUGUCGGGAUGCCCAAAUCUCAAGUCGUUCCGGUUUGCCAGUGCGCGAGCGGGCGCGGCCGCUAGUUUGCAGUUGGCUCUCAGUAUCGGCCAACACUUGCGUCAUCUCACGUCGCUAGACCUGAGCGACUGCAGCUUUGACGACGAAGGUGCCGUUGCGCUGGCGACCGCCAUUUCCAAGCAAACACAGCUCAAGGUGCUGAAGCUCCGCGAUGCGUCUCUCGGUUCUAAAGGUGCCAAAUUGAUUGUGGCCGCCCUGGCGUCGGCUCAAAUUCAACUGGACAGCUUGGACUUGUCGGGCAACGAGCUAGAAGACCAAGGUCUAAUCAACAUGAUCGGCGGCGGCAACUCUGGACGACUGCUGGACAGUCAAGUCGGCUUGAAGGUGCUGCGUUUGGAUGAGAACGAAGUCACGUCCAAGGGAUUAGCCGUCUUGGCUGAUGCACUGCACGGUCCUUUGCCCUGGGCGGCCGCGUUGGAGGAACUCAGUCUGUACGGGAACGAAAUUACCGCGAGUGGGGCCGUGGCUGCCGCCAAGGCUGUGGCGGACAAGGCGUCCCUGAAGCUCCUUCAGUUGGACAGCAACAUGAUCUCGUCCGUCGGGCUUUCCAAGUUGCGUGCGAUUCUCGACCAGGCGGGCAAAGGGCAUGUGCUAGGUCCCAUGGACGAAAACGACCAAGAUGCAGAAAGCGACGACGGGUCGGAAGCCGACGAGGAUGAGUAGAGUGAACUUAAAUGAUGGGAACGUAACGACUCUUCCCGUGUUUCCAUUCCCUCAGACUUGGUUUGCAUUCGUGUUUGAUCAUACGUGAUGUGGCUCUCUCACAACACCAACAUCUAGCUAGCACAUGACUUCAUCGAGCAAGUCCUGGAGCAUGGCGUCGUUGACACCAGCGUCGACAUCGUCGGCGUCUUCGGGGUCACGCUUGGGGGCAUCCAUGUGGGCUUUGCGGCGGGUGUUGGGGCUCACUUGUUGCUUUCGAAGCGGCAGACAUCCCGUCGCCGUGACUGUUGGCUGGUUCACUCUGCACUUGUAGUCGUUGUCCACGUCCUUGUCCCCCCACAAUGUGGUGGCGGACGUUUUCUUUCGCUGGGCAACGUCCGCAGAGUCCCCCUUCUUGUCUUCUUUGCACGGGGCAAUCAGGGUUGCUGCAGAUGGCUUGGCAUCUGCUGUCGUCCCCGACCGUGCCGUGACGGGCAUGAAAAAGCGAUAUUGCAGCGCCUGGGCGGCCGUUGGACGGCGGGUCGAGUCGUACUGGAGUAAGUCCACCAUGAGUUGAAUGGCAGCUGGACUGGCGUUCGGAAUAGCCAUCUUGAGGGGCACUGGAUUGCACUUGGGGAACUUGAACUGCAUUUGAGACACCAUCGUGACCCCCUCCGGCCAAGUCUCCUUGGUAGGCGUGCCAAGGAUCGCGCAGAUGCGGCACAUCUGGUCCGCCUCGGACGACCCUGCAAAAAGUGGUUUGCCCAGGUAGAGCUCGGCCAUGAUGCAACCACAGGCCCAGAGAUCGAUGGGUGAGUUGUACGUCGUCGACCGAAGGAGGAGCUCCGGGCUACGGUACCAUCGCGUCGACACAUAAUCCGUGAAGGGCGGCCGCGAUCGGAUUUCCCGGGCCUGGCCGAGGUCGGCAACCUUGAGAACUUCGAUGCCACUGCUGCACAGACAGUUCUCCGGCUUGAUGUCACGGUGAAAGAACCCGUGUUUGUGCAUGUAGGCAAGGCCCGAGAAGAGCUGGGACAUGAUCGCGCGAACCUGCGGCUCCUUGGCGUUGUUCUUGCGCAUCCAUGUGAAGAGGCUCGUCUCCAUGUACUCGAACACAAAGUACAGUUCGGCUUUGUCCCGGAUGACUUCUUUCAGCUGGAUGAUGUUGUCGUGGCGAAGAACCUUGAGCGACUUGAGCUCGCGCAGCUGCAGACAUUCUUCCCACGUCGGGAACAACAUCUUCAGCUUUUUGAUGGCCACGACUUCGUUCGUCUUGAGGUUGCGUGCCUUCAGGACUUCACCAUACGCGCCAUCCCCUAGCCGGUCCAGGAUCUCGUACCUGUUCAUCCGAUACUCCUUCGGC